AGCAUGCUUACUUAUGAAGAAUAUAUGCUGCUCGAACUUUACGCAUUUACUGCGUUUCUAUAAUCCUUCAUAGGUUUAUCCGCCUACUAUAUACAGGGUUUUCUCUGAAGAAGAAUGAUUUGGUGCACCAAAGGAAUGUGCAUGUUUAUCAGCAAAAAAACUUGAAAAGUUUUGUUCGGUUGCUAUUAGCGAAGCAAGAAUUUGAAUGAAAGUGGCACUUUUGAAAGCUUCUACUAUACAAAUCAGGGAGUUGGGAAACUGCCACAAUGGCGAUUGCGGAGACGAUCAAACUUCAUUGAUUUUUCCAGAUCAUAUGAAGGAUAUCGAUGAUUUUGUCUUCAAGAAUAUUCAGUGUUCAGCUAUCUGUUUAGCCAAGCUACCAAAGACGACUUUACGUGAUUUACGGCGAUUGCUGUUGAGUGGGCUUUCCGAUGAUCUCGAGUCUCAACCUUUCAAUCAUAAUGUACGAUCUACGCUGAUUGGAGUUGGCAACUUCCUGCUUUAUUCAAACGGAAGGUUUGGUGAUGAACUUGUUCCUUUACUCAUCAAAGCUCUGAAUCUCAUACCGCAGAUGAAAUGGGUCGAUGAUGGGCUUGUUAAUAAGCAUGACAAAGUGCCCAUACAAGAGGAAUUUGCAUUUUGUUUCAAUACUGUACUGUCGGAUCUUGCUGCCAGUUUGCCAGAUUAUCGUAAUGCCAUUGUGGCCGCACAGAUUGAUGCUCUGGCCUGCGCUGUUGCAUCCAUAUUUGAAAUUCUGGAAGAUCAUGAAAAUGCCAAGCAGUCUAAAUCUCAUCUUCUCAAACUUACAUGCUAUGUGCUGGGUUUGCUGCGGUCCUUGGGACGAUACUCACCACAAAAAGACAGACCGUUAAUCUCUUACGUCUUUCCUGUCGAUUUUGAAACUCCACCCACAGUCAGUGAUGGUAAAAAUGGAGACGUUAUUCCACGCAUAAGUUCUGAUGACUCGUGGACUUGGCUCGACAACAGUAACACUGUGGUCAUGGAAAAAGAACGCAAUGCUGUACAGCGACUCGUCAAGCUGUAUAAUAAGUAUGGAGCAAGUUUCGUUUGCGCCAAUGUUGAUAAAGCACAUUUCGCGAUGACCACAAAUGAGCUGGAAGCGCUUUUUGAUACAGUGCAGCAGCUUCUGAAUAAAGACAUUUUGACACAACUGGAUGAUCAUGCCACUGAUGUUUACACUGGUGCUUUCAUCAAGCGUUUUCCUUACAAAACCAUCAGCGAAACAAUCACUCUGGCAUGUUUGAUGAUGCUCAAAGAGGUCUUGCGACCAUUCUCCGUGCUCGCUAAGGAUUCACCCAUCAAGGAAAACUUUGCCAAGGAGAUGAAUGCCUUCGUUGUCGAUCUGCUAAACUCACUGGAAUCUCAGCGACUUUCACUUUUGGGAGAGCGUCGCAUGACCCCAGCCGGUGGUCCCCGUCGUCCAUUUGAUUUGGAAUUGCCGAGGCAGGGCAUUUCGAUUCUGGCCAUGGCUUGUGGUUUAGAAUUGAUAGUGUGGGCAGCCAUCGAUGAUAUAGAUUCUGAUGCGGUCUGCUCAAGAAUGUCAGGACGGUUGUUUUCUAUCAACACCAACCGAGUACAACUGUCGCAGCUGCCUCUUGCUCUCAAGGCUCUCUCAUCACUUGGCGGGCUGGCUGAGAAGUUUCCUUCGGUCGCUACAGCUACUGUUGUUCCCAUUCUUUCUCGAUUCCUUCUGGAGCCAGCACCUAUACUUACAAAACUUUCGUCAGAAACGUCUGGAGAAAAACGAGGUGAAGAACGACGACAGGAGGAAAACACUGCGAAGAGAAAGUCGGCUUUGGAUUCUUUAAGAAAUACAGCAAUUGAUGCCUUAUGCAGGGCCUUAAAGUCCUCAUUGAGCGUCGAUUCGGAUAGUGUUCAAGCGUGUCUUGCGAGCUUGUCAUCAAAACUCUUCGUUUGCUCGAGUGUCAACAAUUUGGGACUGCAUGUUGCUGAUCGCGUUGUGGCACUCGUUUGCGAAAAUGCCAUCAUGACACUUGGUGGCAUCGGUGUGGCUCUGGUUGACUCGAAAGAUGUACCUGAUAUGGUUUUGCAAAUUUAUUUGCAGCGUUUUGCAAAUCCUCCCUCUCCUCUCGAUAAUGUAAUGGUGCAAUGUUUAGCAAAUAUGUGGAUAGCUGGAGCGAAAUCCAUUCAUGACGGUGUAAUGAAGCUCUUCACACAGAUCUCUAUAGAAUCGAGUAAUCGCAUUUAUACGCAGGAACCUGUAGGAACGGGAGAGCACAGAUAUGCCCAUGUCUCAUUAGCAGUGGACACAGCUUUGGGACGCAUGGCAGACGGUGUGGCUGAAGGUGAAGAUCAACAUGCUUUGCUGGUGCGACUACUGGAGCUUUUUGUGCAGCUUGGUAUAGAAGGGAGAAGAGUUGGAGAGAAAGUAUCAAAGACCACCGUGAAGAUGUCGACGAGCGCCGGAAAUCUGGGAGUUUUAAUGCCCAAAAUUGCAACUCUGUUGAAAAGAAUGCAGCCUAUUACAAAUCCUUCAACGAGAUUGAGAAACCUUUUCAGAGAUUUUUGGUUCUACUGUACCGUGCUCGGCUUUGAUGUCGAAUAUUCAGGUCUGUGGCCGGAAGACUGGUACAGCGCUGUCUGUGUUAUCGCAACCAAAUCUCCCAUCUUGAUAGCUCAGGAAAAUUUGAGAUCUGAACUUAUCGAUAAUGCGGCUAUAAAAAGUGAUGCUAUCUCCCCGAACGAACUUCAAGACUUUCGUAACGUAGUCUGUGGUGUGCUAAACCACGCGGCUGAAGUAGUGCCAAUUGUUAAUCGGAUGGAUUUCGCCCAGUGUACCUAUCUGCUGUCUGUCUUAAGGAUGGAGAAGAUGAGAGUGAUUCAUGCGGACUACAGAGAAGCUCCACACGAAUUCUUCAAGUAUCUGGAGGAUAAGACUAUACGCAAAGAUAAAGGAGGAAUGUGGGUGUGUCUGCUAUCUGGAGCCACUGUGGUAUUCGAAGCAUAUCUGGAGGCUUACAAACGGAACAGGACAAAUGACAUCUCGGAACCUGCGCUUGAGUACCAUGCACAAUUCCUUUUGGUGCAGUUCAACCACAACCUCAAAGAGGUUCGACGUUGCGCAGAUGCUUGCUUGUCUCGUCUGGUGGAUAAAUUCCCAUAUCUUUUGUGGAAUGGUCACGUGCUAACAACUGCCUUACGACUUCUCCAGGCGUUGCAAGUCAAUCUCCUGCAAGAUGCCACAUGCAGCGACCCUACCUUUACCAUGGAUGGAUUGCCGUGGACUAUACAAUUACAGGAUACAAUUGAAGGCCGUGCGUCUGUGGUCAAGGAUUUCUCGCAGCGUUGUGAGCAAAUCUUACAAGAAGCGAUGAAAUGGGCACCAGCCAUCACUCAUAGUCAUCUCUUGGAAUAUGCGUCUUCCUAUGGAGCUUCAUCUGAUACUUCCUUGAAAUUGGCAAUGGAUGCAGUGAUCAGCGCUGGUUCGGAUAACACAAGCAUGUAUCUUUCAUCUUUGCAUAUGAGGAGCAUGUAUCUUGGCCAGGUAAAAGGUAUGCUCGCUUCACGCGCUGCUGACGAAGAUGAAACUCCAGAGGUUACGCUUAUAAAACGUCUAGAAUCAGACUUUGAGAGGGCAAUUGUCUCUGGAAAACACGAGGAACUGAAAAAUGCAAUCAUGCUGCUCACAGCUCUUUUCGUGACUUUGAAAGAGGUCAGCGAACAUAUACUUGGUAUCCUGGUGCGAUGUCCACUUCGCAGUUUCAAAGAAUCUACCGUGCAGCUGUGUACACUCAGCUGGAAUUGGUUAUUAGCGGCUAGGACGGACAUACAGAAUAUAUUUUUGCGCGAGAUGUGCCUAGCAUGGGCAGAAUCCGCUCGACAAGGACGUGGUUUAUACGAGCGACAGCCGAAGCCACCAUCGCCUCUGUGCGAGCAAUUGAAGUCGCCUGCAAAACCGCCACACUACCAACCGCAUGCGAUAUGGCUUAAUUUCAUCGCCGAACGUGUUGAUGUAGCGAAAUACAGCAGUCGUGAGCAAGUCGACAUUUUGGAAACUAUGUUUGCCCAAACUUUGAGUCUGAUUGUUGGCAGUGGGCCAGCAACGGUGGCAAUGUCUCCGGCCCUUUCUACUCCAGUUUAUGACCAGCAAGUCUCUUUGACAAGGAACAUAGAAGCUGUGGGAGUACGCUUCCGAUUGCUCUCAUGUGCACUAAAUAUGCUUCAAGGAGAGGUGACAGCUUCGAGGCCUUCAAACAAUGUGAUCCGACAGCGCAUUUAUGCAUCCGCUCUCGAUUAUUUCACUCAACCCCCUCAAGGACCGACACAAAGCACCGCCCAGCUGAAAGCCGACAUCAAAUUGUUGAUUUCAUUCUGGCAAGUCCUAUACGCUGAUGGAAAAUACAUCAAAAAAGAGAUCUUUCUUUCGCGAGAUAACGAAGUAGGAGUUGCUGCAAACCUCAAUCAAUUGGAGCCUUACGGAGACCAAAUGCAAAGAUCGGGCACGCAAACUUGGCAUGCUGCUGCAUCAAACAGUACUUACUAUGUGAAUACCCUCACAUUGUCGAAGAAUGCUCUGACGUCUUCUACACGGGGAAGUGUAUCACGAAAGCUGACAGAUAAUGGUAAAGGCUCAUUGGAUGUUGAAAAGCAAGUCAAAUUAUUCUUGAAGUGGAGAAAUCUUAUCCUUCUGCUCGUGGGUAAUGAAGUAGAACGUCUUUGCGCUUGGCUAAAUCCUCUAGGUGAUGCGACGGAAGAAGGUGUGGCUCCGAUAGAACAAUGGAUGAAGAGCACAUUGCCAGAGGCGAGGAUGGAGGCAAGAAUUCUCAAAGAGAACGCUAGAUUGGCUUGGGAUAUCUCACCAGAAUUAGCGGUUAACCUACCAUCCAGAUUCCGUACGUGUCCAACUCUUCGUGAUACUCUCCAGGAUAUGGUACACAGCCAGCCUGAGUCGGUUUCUCACAUACCCGAGGCACUCUCGUUGUUUUUGGGUGAUGGUUCGGCGUUCGAGCAUGCUGAUAUCUCUCAUGUACUAACAUGGGCCACUUGUUCUCCCGUUAUGGCCCUGUCGCUGCUGACACCGCGACAGUUUCCACUUCAUCCUGUUACGGUACAGUAUGCCGUACGAGUUUUGCGAUCUUAUCCUGCUGACACCCUGUUGAUGUACAUACCACAGCUGGUUCAGGCGGUUAGGCAUGAUAAUAUUGGAUAUGUGGCUGAACUGAUAGUUUGGCUUGCUGGACAUUCACAGCUCCUUGCUCAUCAACUUACCUGGAACAUGGAGACAAAUAUGUACACCGAUGAAGAUGGCAAAAACAAGGAUCCUGUGUUAUAUGAUGCCCUCAAUGAUAUCAAGAAGAAGAUUGCAAACCAGGUGGAAGGAGCCGCGAGGCGGUUUUACGAGGCAGAGUUUGCACUUUUCCAUCAGCUGACAGGAAUAUCCGGAACGAUAAAACCUUAUGCAAAAGGAGAUGCAAGGAAGAAAGCUUGUUUGAAAGCUUUGGCUGAGGUCAAAUUAGAGACCAUCACUUACCUCCCGUCAAAUCCUGAAGCCAUUUUACUAGAAAUAGAUUACUCUAGUGGAAAUCCUAUGCAAAGCGCAGCGAAAGCUCCUUAUUUGGCAAGAUUUAAAGUGAAGCAAUGUGGAGUCCAGGAAUUGGAGAGAAUAGGCUUGGAGGCUCAAUCUCGUGAGAAAGGCAAACCUCCACCACCUGAAGCUGACUUGAACGAAUUGAAAAGGGCUGGUGGACCAAAUAUCUGUUGGCAAGCUGCCAUAUUCAAGGUUGGUGAUGAUGUGCGGCAAGAUAUGCUAGCGCUUCAAUUGAUGCAAUUGAUGAAAAAUGUCUGGGCUGGCGUUGGACUCCCCGUCUGCGUGUUUCCGUAUAGAGUUGUUGCUACUUCACCAGGAUGCGGCGUGAUUGAAUGUGUUCCAAAUUCGAAAAGUCGCGACCAGUUGGGUAGACAAACCGAUUUCGGCCUAUACGAAUAUUUCAAGACCACUUAUGGAGAUGAAAGUAGCGAGUCUUUUCAGGAAGCAAGAAGGAACUUCGUACGGAGCAUGGCUGGCUAUUCAGUGUUCAGCUUUUUGUUACAAAUCAAGGACAGACAUAAUGGAAACAUCAUGAUCGAUCUUGAUGGGCACAUUAUUCAUAUUGACUUUGGCUUCAUGUUUGAAAGUAGUCCGGGAGGCAACCUUGGUUUCGAACCGGAUUUCAAACUCAGUGAAGAGAUGGUAGCAAUCAUGGGUGUCAUACCUGGCAGUGAGACCGUAUCACAAGGCUUUCGUCUCUUUGGUCUCACUGAUGUUGGACACUGGUUUACCAUGUUUCCGCGGAAAGACUAUCCAGCAAUUGAGAGCACGAUUUGCGCCAGAAAUGAACGAACGGGAUGCUGCGCGAUACAUGCAUUCCGUGAUUACAAACUGCUUCUUGAAUAUCAGAAGCAAGAUGUACGAUCAGCUGCAGUAUCUGCAAAACGAGAUACCGUACUAGAGACUCGAACCCGACUCAACAAGAAAAUUAUGGAAUUGUACGUGUACAAUGCAUAUUGGUGCUUCCCGAAUACGGCUUGUUAG